AAGCCUAAUUCGCAUUGUGGCUGUCGUUUAGAGCUCAGUCAGCCCCCUUCACUUCUCAGGUCUGCAAGCUCUUUCUCACUAGGCUAGCUGCCAAGCUGUGAUUCGGCAGUGAUCUAGAGUGGAUUCCUGAAUUUGAAGAUUACUAGCCGCAGAUUUGCCGCCCCAUUAGGGUCCCGCUCACGGGACUUACUAGUUGAGUGAUGUCGUGGGUAAUAGUAGCCAUGCGAGAGUUCUUUUCAAGAUCGACGUCCGCAACGUCAAGAAGAUGAUUGCUGGCACACAGUAAUGUACAUUUGACGACGGAAUUACCGACAUAGCGGGCGCAAAAAUUGGACAAUAACAACUCGAGCUUGAUUUCUCUCAAGCAGGUGAAAUCCCGACUUGUUCUUGAUACACUCAGCAAUAUCAUGAUCACAAGCGAUGGCAAAGAAUAUCACCGUUCCCUAUGUCCCUAUCGAUGAAUUUAGUUGGUCUUUGAACUACGCUGGUAGCUUGCCAUGGAAUCAAACCAUUUGGUCUCUAAUAGCAGUCUUCACUGCAGUCCCUCUAUGGAUGACUGUCGAAAUAACUAUAUGGAUAUUCUACCUUUUCCGCCGCUGGUCUGGCCUAUAUUUUUGGUCCGUCUUGAUCACUACGUGGGGUGUCACUCUUCAUGCCAUCGGCUUUGUCUUGACAGUAUGCGUGCCGAGCUGCAAUUCUAUACUUAGUAUGGUAAUAGCCGACAUUGGGUGGAUCGGAAUGGUUACCGGGUUCGCAUUUGUGAUGUAUUCCCGGCUGAACCUCAUCAGCUUCGUCAUGCGCAAUCGGUAUAUCUUGCGGCUUUCUCUAGCUAUGAUCAUUGUUGACGCUAUCAUAUUUCACUUUUCGACAAUAAUCAUAUUUGCUAUUGGCGUAUUUCAUCCAUCUAGCGGGAAAUUCCUACCCUACAUGAAUAUUAUAGAGCGCGUGCAGAUCAUGGUGUUUACCAUCCAGGAAGUCAUCCUCAGUACGCUUUACGUAUACGGCACCGUCAAAAUGGCCCAGGAAUCUUUCAACACGCAUGUCCGCAAGACUAUCGUUUUCCUCAUUGUGAUACAGGCAGUUGCGAUUCUGCUAGAUGUAUUGAUUAUCACACUCGAUUACGCGGACUAUUACAUUCUCAAGUCGUUUAUUCAUUCGUUCGUUUACGCUGUGAAAUUACAGCUGGAGUUUGUGAUUCUCAAUGAAUUCAGAGAGGUUAUUUCCAAGCUUGCGCCGAGAAUGGAGAUAUUGGAUAUGGAUGAAGAGCACUUUCGAGUUGUGAAUACCAAUAAACCGUCGAAUGGGACAAAAACCAACCGGCUUGGUGAAUGACAAUGGUUGGGAGACGAGUUUUGGUUGGGAUAUGUUUUCAUGUAUAUAUGAUUCGCCAGGACGUAAGUAAAUAUAUUAUUUGACAUUCGAAAAGGAUUCAGAUUGUAUUGAUCAAUCAUUUGUAUCAUUCGGACUUCCUAUUUUGAUGAAAUAUACAUGCCGUGCAUGCGCCGCACUUAUCGAUUAGUUGUCCAUGAAUGUGGAUGGACUUAUAUGAAGUCAAGCAGUCCUAAUCCCAUUAGAGAGAAUAUUUAAGGUAGACGAAAGUUGCCACAUUCUCAAAAUACAAACCAGCAAGAUUCGU